AGCCGUGUUGUCCGCCGGUGGAGGGUGCAGUGUGAACAGCAGGGGGCGGUAGAGCAACACUGCUCCACUAGAACACUGAAAGAAGACAGGCUCAGAGUGCGCAUGCGCAGCUCGACGACCUGUAGUUCCCGUGGUCCUGGUCCCGUGGUCCUGGUCCCGGUCCGGUCCGGUCCUGGUCCUCAUGUUCCGGCUGCUCCUCCGGAGGCUCCUCCGGCCUCCCGGUCGUCUCUCUGCCGGCUCAGCUCGCUCCUCCGGCGGCUGUCGUCCUCCAGAGAUGUCCGCUGCUCUGGUCCGCAGCAGCUUCCUGGACUUCUUCCGGGACAGACACGGACACCGGCCGGUCCCGUCCUCCCCCGUCCGGCCCAGAGGAGACCCCAGCCUUCUGUUCGUCAACGCCGGCAUGAACCAGGAGGAGGCGUGCUGCAUGGCUUGGAGCCUCCUCACAGAGCAUUAUGGGAUACCUGCAGACAGACUGUAUGUUUCUUACUUCGCCGGAGACGCUGCGUCCGGUUUACCAGCUGAUGAAGAGACUCGUCUCAUCUGGUUGGAGAUCGGGGUUCCUCCUGCUCGCCUCCUGCCAUUCGGCCUGAAGGAGAACUUCUGGGAGAUGGGGGACUCGGGCCCCUGUGGGCCCUGCACCGAGAUCCACUAUGACCAUGUGGGAGGCCGAGACGCCGCAGCGCUCGUCAACGCUGACAGUCCUGAAGUGGUGGAGAUCUGGAACCUGGUCUUCAUGCAGUACAACAGGGAGGUGGACCACAGUCUGCGGCUGCUUCCCCGGUUCAGUGUGGAUACUGGGAUGGGACUGGAGAGACUGGUGAGCGUCCUGCAGGGUAAAAGAUCAAACUACGACACCGACCUGUUCACCCCGCUGCUCCACGCCAUCCACCAGAGAUCGAGGGUGGACCUGUACGGCGGUAGGACGGGUGUGGCGGACUGGGGGAAGGUGGACAUGGCGUACCGAGUGGUGGCCGACCACAUCCGCACUUUAUCAGUCUGCAUCGCUGACGGAGUUCAUCCAGGCAUGUCGGGAGCAGAGUUGGUGUUGAGGAGGGUUCUACGGCGGGCGGUCCGGUUCUAUGUCGAGGUCCUUCAGGCUCCUCAGGGAGCGCUGGCCAGCCUGGUUCCUACUGUCACCCACAUACUGGGUGAUGUUUAUCCAGAGCUGCACAGAGAGGCAGACAGGAUCAUGGACAUCAUCAACGAGAACGAGGCUCACUUCCUGUCGUCUCUGCAGCAGGGCAGCAGGCUGAUCCACCGAACGCUGCAAAGAAAGGACUACAAACAUGGAGUCUUCCCGGCCUCGGUGGCCUGGUCUCUGCACAGGGACCUGGGUUUCCCUCUGGACCUGGUGGACCUCAUGUUGGAGGAGAGGGGGGUCCAGGUAGACCGUGAGGAGCUGGACCGACUGAUGGCAGAGAACCAGAAGGUGACGUCUGGUCUUCAGUCAGGUGUUCGGUCUCAGGUGAUGUUGGACGUCCUCAGCCUUGCAGACCUGCAGCGUCUCGGAGUCCCUCACACUGAGGACAGUCUCAAGUACCAGUACAGACUGGACCAGGACCGAUAUGUGUUCCCAGCAUGCCGUGCAACAGUCCUGGCUCUGUAUGACGGUCAGACUCUAGUGUCAGAGGUCAGUGAGGGUCAGCGUUGUGGGGUCAUCCUGGAUCAGACCUGCUUCUACUCUGAGCAGGGGGGGCAGUCACAUGACCAGGGCUACUUCACCCGAGACGGAUUGCAGGAAGUCCUGUACCCUGUGGAGGCAGUGAUCCAGGCAGGGGGGUACGUGGUCCAUCAGAUAACCGCCGCCGACAACCUGAAGACUGGAGACCAGGUCCAGCUACACCUGGACCAGGUCCACAGAUUGUCCUGUAUGGUGAAUCACACAGCAACUCACAUCCUGAACUUUGCCCUGAGGAAAGUUCUGGGUCGCUCAGUUCAGCAGAGAGGAUCUCAUGUGUCAGCUGAUCGGCUUCGCUUCGACUUCAGUGUCAAGCGAUCACUGGACAUCUCUGAGCUGCAGCAGGUAGACAGGUGUGUUAAUGACAUCAUCUCAGCCAAUCAGAUCGUCCACAGCCAGGAGCUUCCUCUGCAGGAGGCCAAGAGGAUCCACGGACUGAGGACAGUGGACGAGAUGUAUCCGGACCCUGUUCGGGUGGUGUCCUUGGCGGCGGCGGUCUCUGAACUGUUGGAUGAUGAGACGGACAGAGACACGUCUGUGGAGCUCUGCUGCGGGACUCACCUGCUGCAGACCGGAGCCAUCGAGGAUCUGCUGGUCGUCUCUGAGAGACAGAUGGUCAAAGGAAUCAGUCGCAUCAUCGCUGUGACGGGACUGGAGGCAAAGCGGGCUCGGGAGGAGGGUCAGGUGUUGUUCCAGGAGGUGGACUCUCUGUCAGCCAGACUGACAGGCUCCGCCCCCUCCAGCCUAGACGCCGCCCAGCGUCUAGCCAAGGAGGUCGGCGUCCUCUCUGAUGCUGUAGCUAACACCCCCAUCCCUCAGUGGCAGCGCAGAGAUCUGCAGAGUCGACUCCGAGCUCUGCAGAGGACCAGCAACACCUGCGUCGGGAAGCUGGAGGCCAGACAGGCUGCAGUCAAAGCUCAGGCUCUGCUGGAGAAGAACGGCAGGAAGGACCUGCAGGUGGAUUGUGUGGAGACGGACUCUCUGUCGGUUCUGAUGAAGACGGUGAAUCAGCUGAGCGCUGCAGCUCCUAACAGCCACGUGAUGCUGCUCGCUCACCAAAGGCAUUCUGGGAAGAUUCUGUGUGCCUGUCAGGUCCCUAAGGACUCGGCGUCCCUCUCGGCAUCUGAUUGGGCGGCGGCGGUGUGUCGUCACCUCGGGGGCAGCGCCGGUGGCUCAGUGCUGGUUGCCAAGGGAACAGGAAGCAGCGGUGACAUCACUGAGGCUCUGAGGUGGGCGGAGGAGUUUGCUCGCCAGGAAACACAACGAUGAUGUCAUAAAGGGAGAGAUGACCUCACAGCACACAGUUUGCUGCUGUCUGUUAGCAUGCUAACGAUUAGCUCUAUGUAAACACAGUAUUUAAAUACUGUUAGCAUGCUAAUGGUUAGCUUCCUUAAGUGUGUGCUGCUUUUGAACCGAAAUACAUCAGGAACUCCUGAUGAACACUGUUUAUAACUCGUCUGAUUCUACUUCCUGUAACUAAAGGUACAGGUGACUGUAAGCCCCGCCCUAAGCUGCAGUUAGGCUCUUCUCAUUGGAUGACACAGAUGUGAAGGUUUAUUAUUUAUAAAUGAUAUUUUAUACAUCUAUACUUUGUUUUGUUUUACAAUAAAUCACUGUUCA